ACAAUACAGAGCACCAAAAGCCAUGGCAUCAAUGGCUGCGAUCGGUGUUCUCAAAGUACCACCAUCCUCUUCUUCUUCUUCAUCAUCAUCAUCAUCCAAAGCCAUUAUUGCACGCAACCUCUCAUUCACUUCAUCACAGGUUUGUGGUGAUAAGAUUGGCACAUUUUCAAGAAGGGGAAGAGGAAGCUAUGUCGGCAACCCCAUCAUUGUUUCUCCCAAAGCUGUUUCUGAUUCCAAAAACGCCCAAACUUGUCUUGAUCCAGAUGCUAGCCGAAGUGUACUUGGCAUUAUACUUGGAGGUGGUGCCGGGACGCGUCUUUAUCCACUGACCAAGAAACGGGCGAAACCAGCUGUUCCUCUUGGAGCAAACUAUAGGCUGAUUGAUAUUCCUGUAAGCAACUGCCUAAACAGCAACGUAUCAAAGAUAUAUGUCCUCACACAAUUCAAUUCAGCAUCCUUGAAUAGGCAUUUGUCUCGUGCUUAUGCAAGCAACAUGGGUGGCUACAAAAAUGAAGGUUUCGUCGAGGUUCUUGCUGCACAGCAAAGUCCUGAGAAUCCAAAUUGGUUCCAGGGGACCGCAGAUGCGGUGAGGCAAUAUUUAUGGCUUUUCGAGGAGCACAAUGUUUUGGAAUACUUAGUUCUGGCUGGUGACCAUCUGUAUCGAAUGGAUUACGAGAGAUUUAUACAAGCACACAGGGAAAGUGAUGCUGAUAUUACUGUUGCUGCAUUGCCAAUGGAUGAAUUGCGUGCCACUGCAUUCGGUCUAAUGAAGAUCGAUGAAGAGGGGCGUAUAAUCGAAUUUGCUGAGAAGCCAAAAGGAGAACAGUUGAAAGCUAUGAAAGUUGAUACUACUAUUUUGGGUCUUGAUGAAGAGAGAGCGAAGGAAAUGCCUUACAUUGCUAGCAUGGGUAUAUAUGUCGUCAGCAAACAUGUGAUGUUAGAUCUGCUCCGUGAGAAGUUUCCUGGUGCAAACGACUUCGGGAGUGAAGUUAUUCCUGGUGCAACCAACAUUGGAAUGAGAGUGCAAGCUUAUUUAUAUGAUGGAUACUGGGAAGACAUUGGUACGAUAGAGGCUUUCUAUAAUGCAAAUCUCGGAAUCACCAAAAAGCCAGUGCCAGAUUUUAGUUUCUAUGAUCGUUCAUCUCCAAUCUACACUCAACCUCGGUAUUUACCUCCAUCUAAGAUGCUUGAUGCUGAUAUCACUGAUAGUGUUAUCGGUGAAGGAUGUGUAAUUAAGAACUGCAAAAUCCACCAUUCUGUGGUUGGACUGCGAUCUUGCAUAUCAGAAGGCGCAAUCAUUGAGGACACUUUGUUGAUGGGAGCAGAUUAUUAUGAGACGGAUGCUGAUAGGAGGUUUUUGGCUGCUAAAGGCAGUGUUCCAAUUGGUAUUGGCAAGAAUUCUCAUAUCAGAAGGGCAAUCAUUGACAAGAAUGCUAGAAUUGGAGACAACGUGAAGAUCAUUAACAGUGACAAUGUGCAAGAAGCUGCAAGGGAAACUGAAGGUUAUUUCAUAAAAAGUGGGAUUGUCACAGUAAUCAAAGAUGCAUUGAUUCCAAGUGGAACUGUCAUCUAAAGUCUUCUCAACGGUUUCCUCUUGCUGGUUUUGCAACAACUCAUUUUCACUGCUGGAAGGUGUUGCAAGAGCAGUUCUGCUUCCACAUUGGUUUUCUGGUGCAUUUUAUAUUUGGUUGGUUAGUAAAUAGAGUAGAGGAAGGACCCUUUUCUGUAGUCACGAUGUAAAUUUAAUUAUUCAGUCAAAUAAAUGUUUCUUUAGUAUGCAGUGUCUGUGAUGCAUGUUCUUUUGCAAUUCAUCAAAGGGAUGGAAUAUGAUGGACGAAAAACAAUGGAAUGAAAUACAAUAACAGCCAUGGACAUUAUCUUCUGCUUU